AUGCCAAGAAACAGGCGACACAAUAGCAGUUUGUUUGCUUUAGGCAGGGGUUCAGAGAAUUUGCUGCUGAUAAGGAGGCAUACGAACGUAAGCGGGAGCCUAAGCCUGAGAACUAGAUGUGGCUGUUUGGCACAAAUGCGUGUUCAAUGUAGAUGGAUUAUUUCAUACUUUGAUAAUGUUCACAACCACGAGAUGCUCGAUAGAACACUUACAUUUAUGCUCCCUAGUCAUAGGAAGAUGAAUGCUACCGCAAUUGAUCAAAUGAACAUGAUGUUGAAAGUUGGGAUUAAAACACCACAGAUAUAUUCAUCAUUUGUGCAUACUGCAGGGGAGGAGAAUCUUGGAACGUUUGUGUAUUACUUAGCAGAUAAAGAGGGUCGUUUGGUGCACCUUUUUUGGUCUAAUAACUGUAGUCAAUUAGAUUACCAUGUGUUCGGAGAUGUUGUAGCAUUUGAUGCAACUUAUCGGAAGAAUAAGUACAUGUGCCCACUGAUUGUGUUUUUUGGCAUAAAUCACCAUAACCAAACUAUUGUUUUCGCUGCUGCCCUUGUUGCAAAUGAGAGUGAGGAGACAUAUUCGGGGCUACUUGAAAGAUUUUUGGAAGCUAUGAAGGAAAAAGCUCCUGAGUGUGUUAUCACAGAUGGGCACAGGGCAAUGAGAAAGGCGAUUGAAAAAAUAUUUCCUAUGGCUUAUCAUCGUCUCUGUGCAUGGCAUCUCCUUCUAAAUGCAACAUUGAUUUUGGCAAAUCCAGCAUUCACUUUCGAGUUUAAGAAAUGCAUGCUUUUUUAUUAUGAGGUUUCAGAGUUUGAAGCUAGGUGGGAGAGAUUGGUCACUGAGCUUCAGUUUCAGGAUAAUCAGUGGGUCUGUGACCUUUAUGACCGGAGGAAAAUGUGGGCAAUGGCUCACAUUCGUGGCCACUUUUUCGAUGGAUUUUGGACAACAUCAAGAUGCAAAGGUUUGCAUUCGAUGCUUGGUAAGUUUGUCCACUCCCGCCAUAAUUUGAGAGACUUUGUUGAACAAUAUUUUCGCUGUGUAUCAGAGAUGAGAUCUCGGGAGACACAAUCCGAUAUGCAUAGCGUGGUUGGACACUUGGUGUUUCAAGGUCCGUUACAUGAUUUGAAAAGGAUGGAAUCCCUUGGAAUACCAUGCUAUCAUAUUGUGGCCCUUUUUGUAUAUCUUGAUUUCAUGGAAAUUCCAACGAGUCUUGUUUUGGGGAGGUGGUCUAAGAACGCUUGGUCGAAGGUGAGGCAAUAUGUUAAGAAGGGACCGUUUUGUUGGGACUCUAUGUCAAAUCGCCGGCAGGGCCAGCAGAAGCAGCCUAGCCACGAGGAAGGUGUCGAUGAAGAUAACUACUACACUCCUAACUUUGGGGAGGAAGUUGAUGAUGAGUAUCCUCAUUACCACUCUGAACCCUAG